UUUUUUUUUUUUCACAAACUAAAAAUCGAAACUCUCGAAGAAGAAUAACAAAAAAAAGAAGAAGUACAUUACAAUUACUUGUUUGUAAAUUCUGCACUCUCUCUCUUUUUUAUUAUUAUUAUCAUUUUCAUUUUUUUAUAUUUAUAUACAUAUUUAUAUUUAUUUUCCUGUUUAUUGGAACUGUAUUUUAAAGAAAGAAAGAAAGAAAACAUAUACAAAAUGUCUGAUAACGCUAUUAAAAUUUUCACUGGUAACUCACAUCCCGAACUUGCCAAGCUUGUUGCUAAACGUAUUGGUAUUGAUUUGGCCAAGGCAGUUGUAAUGAAAUAUUCUAACCAAGAAACAUCUGUCACUGUGGGUGAAUCCGUCCGUGAUGAAGAUGUAUUUAUUAUUCAAUCUGGCUGUGGUGAAAUUAAUGAUAAUUUGAUGGAACUCUUAAUUUUGAUUAAUGCCUGUAAGACAGCUUCUGCUCGUCGUAUUACAGCUGUCAUUCCUUGUUUCCCUUAUGCUCGUCAAGAUAAGAAGGAUAAGAGCCGUGCUCCUAUUACUGCUAAAUUAACAGCUAAUAUGUUAACUGUAGCUGGUGCAAAUCAUGUCAUUACUAUGGAUUUGCAUGCUUCUCAAAUUCAAGGUUUCUUCAAUAUUCCCGUUGAUAACUUGUAUUGUGAACCUUCAAUGAUAAAGUACAUUCGUACACAAAUUCCUGACUGGAAGAAUGCGAUUAUUGUUUCUCCUGAUGCUGGUGGUGCAAAACGUGCUACAUCAAUUGCUGAUCGACUUGAACUUGAUUUUGCUUUGAUUCAUAAGGAACGUAAGAGAGCUAAUGAAGUUUCUCGUAUGGUUUUAGUUGGUGAUGUUGCUGGUAAAAUUGCAAUUUUGGUAGAUGAUAUGGCAGAUACUUGUGGUACACUUGGUUUAGCAGCAAAGACAUUGGUUGAAAAUGGUGCUUUAAAGGUUUAUGCUAUUGUAGCACAUGGUAUUCUUUCUGGUAAAGCAAUCAAGGUCAUUAAUGAAUCUGUUAUUGAAAAACUUGUUGUUACAAAUACAAUUCCUCAUCAAGAUAAAAUGGCUAUUUGUCCUAAGCUUGAUGUUAUUGAUAUUUCACCUACUCUUGCUGAAGCUAUUCGUAGAACUCAUAAUGGUGAAUCUGUUUCCUACCUCUUCUCUCAUGCUCCCGAAUAAAAUAUAAUCACCUUCUCAUUCAUUUAUUACUUUUUUUCUUUCUUUCAACACUCUUAAUAUAUAAAAUUACAUUUUCUUUAGAGAAAAAAAAAAUAGCAAGAGAAAAGAAAUAAUGUAAUAAUUUUUGUUAUUAAGAUUUCUUUAUUAUAUAGAAUCUUUUUUUUUUUUUUUUUUUUU